CCAGGAGGAUGCACAAAUGCAAGAGGCACGGUGGAGCUUUCCUAAAUGCACAUAGGUCUCCAGGAUGGAUUGUUUUGUACAUGUGGUCUGUUUGGCCAGUGGAUGACAGGCCUGCCCUCCCUCACUUGUCCACGCAGUCCCGAGAGAGAGAAGCAGGACUGGAGUAGGACUAUCAUACUGCACCGACGCUUCUACCAAGCAUUUCAACUAUGCGAGUUGGUGUGUUUAGGUGAACUAUUUGGUGAGACAUGUGAAUCCUGCUAUGGAGGACCCGUUCAGUCAAAAUGACUGCGAGCACUGAAAAUGUCACGAACUUGUGGAAAAAUGAGUCCACGGAACUGGACGGGACUCCUCCGGCCAACUUCACCGACAGCUCGGGUGGGAACCGCACGGAGCCGGGCGAAGUGGCCCUCAGCCGGGCCAUCCCGCUCGGCUUGGUACUUGGGGCUUUCAUCGUGUUCGCCAUCGCGGGCAACAUCCUCGUCAUCCUCUCUGUGGUGUGCAACAGGCACCUGCGCACGCCGACCAACUACUUCAUCAUCAACUUGGCCAUCGCAGACCUGCUGCUGGGCACCACGGUGCUGCCGGUGUCGGCCACCCAGGAGAUCCUCGACUACUGGGUGUUCGGGAGGAUUUUUUGUGACAUCUGGGCGGCGGUGGACGUGCUGUGCUGCACCGCAUCCAUCAUGAGCCUGUGCGUCAUCUCCAUCGACCGCUACAUCGGCGUGAGUCACCCGCUGCAGUACCCGGGCAUCGUGACGGAGAAGCGGGCUCUGCUGGCCAUGCUCGGGGUGUGGGUGCUGUCCGUGGUCAUCUCCAUCGGACCGCUGCUAGGGUGGAAGCAGCCGCCGUCGCCGGACGACACGGUGUGCCUCAUCACCGAGGAGCCCUUUUACGCGCUCUUCUCCUCCCUCGGCUCCUUCUACAUUCCUCUCGUCGUCAUUCUCUCCAUGUACUGCCGGGUGUACAUCGUGGCCAAACGGACCACCAAGAACCUGGAGGCUGGUGUGAUGCGUGAGAGGAUGAAUUCCAGCGAGCUGACCCUAAGGAUCCACAAGGGCUGCCAGGUGCACGACGAGCCCGCCACUUGCGGCACAGGCAAGGGCCGCGGGCACCAAUCCAGAAGCUCCCUCACGGUCAAACUGCUCAAGUUCUCCCGGGAGAAGAAGGCAGCGAAAACUUUGGGAGUUGUGGUGGGCAUGUUUACACUUUGUUGGCUUCCCUUCUUCCUCGCCCUGCCCAUAGGCUCUUUCAAUGUGAACCUGCGCCCGCCUGAACCCCUCUUCAAGGUGAUCUUCUGGCUGGGCUACUUCAACAGCUGCCUGAAUCCCAUCAUCUACCCUUGCUACAACCGCGAGUUCAAGCACGCCUUCAUUCGCAUCCUGCGGUGCCAGUGCCACCAGCGUAAACGCCCCGGCUGGAGGGCAUACAAUUACCGUUCCUCUACAUUCAGCUCCUCUGGACACUCGCGCAAAGGCUCCAAUGACCAUACCCCUGGGGGCUGCUUGAACGGCAGUCAGCGUACUCUGCCGUCUUCGGCCAGUCCGAGUCCUAGCUACCUGAGCACGGGUCUUCCACCAUGCCCUGAGGGCGAGGCGUUGUACACCUGGACCCCAACUGCCUCUACACCAAACAUUCUGCCCGGCAGCCCCACAGACUGCCACAGGGGAUGCCUGAUCGCAGAUGUUAAAGGGGGGAAAGCAGGGCAGGAGAUGACUGACGGAGUUUUUUCUUUCUCCUUUGGGAAGGAAAAAGACAAGGUAGAGGUUGAACAAACCUUUACAGAACCACCUUACAAUGUGUGAGCGCAUCAGCUGCAGAUGAUGAGUAUUUAUGAAGCAUAAAGCGUCAGUGGUUUGUGUAGAUGUUAACUGCAUUUGGGAAGAUUGGCAUUAAGACAGUAAGUAAUGAGGCGGUUUGGUCAAGUUAGUAAAUACUUACAAUAAAAGAGCCAAGUCAUAUCUGUGACCUGACCCAUGUAAAAUGUGGAAAACGUAUUCAUUUCUGUUCCUGUUCAUUGUAAUGUUGUGAAAAUAAAAUACAACCUGGUUUGUUUAACUGUGUACACGUGUACUAAAACGUGGCCACAGCAGUGUGACCACUUGCGCCAUCAAAUGCGGCCAAUGCAUUAACUCUAUGCACUGUAACAUUGGGUAUGAUUCCAUGCAGUGCAAACUAGAAGCAGAAUAGUAUUCAAUAGUAUAAAAUACAAUUGUAUUAUUCUAUGCUUCUAUGCAAACACCUCAUUAGUCAAGUGGUCAUAAUGCCGUAUAUUGAAAACGGUACUUGUAAUAUUCUCAAGCAAGCCCACCUUGCCUACUAUAGAUUUAUUGACCUCUGCAUGAAUCACUACAUCGCUGUGGCCAUGUAGAACAACGCAGACACAAGGGAUGACAAUCCUGACAUGGCUGAUGAAGUCAACAAAGGCUUUUUGGGAAAAGAGUAUGCAAUGUUUUGUUUUUUUUUUAAGGUAGGAGCUAUGUGUUUGCUUCUGUCACAUCCAUUUCAGAUCAGAUUAACAGUGCGAUACUCAGCUUGUUCUUCCGCUGAAGUCCCGCAAGAGAAGAAUGCAAGGUCCACCCUUAUCCAAACAAAGCAUGCUGAUUGGGCAAAAAAUUCAUAUUGAAUGAUGGCCUUUCGAACUAAAGGAGGUAGAUUUGCAUGUUGACUCCCAGGCUUUUUAGAGAACAGACCUCUGUGUGUGUGUGUGUGUGUGUGUGUGUGUGUGUGUGUGUGUGUGUGUGCUUGCGUGUUUGGAAAAACAUUUGAAUAAUUGCUUCACUUCCAAAAAAAAAAGUUUACAUUUCACACAGGCAAUAAAUCAUAUAUGCUUUUUUAUUAUAAAAAUAAAUUGCUUGUGGAUGAUAAAAAAAUAAUAUGAAAAUAUUGGCACAUGAUAUGUGAUAAGACUCUGCAUCAGAGGUAAUUUUUGAAGUAUCAUACAAGUUGUACAUCAGAUCAGUCUAUUUAUAAACCUCAUGUGAUCCAAUCUCAUUGGUGACAAUCUUCAAUGAAGUGCUUUGGCUUUACAAAUAGACUCCUCAGUCUCAAGUCACAAUAUUAAGAACACCUGCGCAAUCUGCGAUCCAACACGAGAGGUAUGUCAAACAUUGUCUUUACAAUUACUACAAAGUAUAAUGUUCACUUUCUUAACAUUGUGAGGUGUUAACAAACAAUAUGUUUACUAAUGCCAGCAUUUCUCUGGGCACUGAAGUUUCUCCCCGCAGUCCAAAAACAUCCACGUUAGGUUAACUGGAGACUCCACAUUGUCCAUAGUGUGUACGUGAGAGUAAAUGGUGAUCAGAAAUAACUGGCCGACCGCGGUCUGAGUGCCGGUAACACUUUACAAUAAAAGGUACACAAAAUUACAGUACGUAGUUAAUGAGGAACAAACCUACCUAACCCUAAACACGACUCAUUAGUUACUCAUUAGUUCCUCAGUAACUACUCUAAAUUUAUGUGCCUUAGUCAUUAGUUGUUCAUUAGUUCCUCAGUAACUACUGUAUUUUUGUGUACCUUCUUGUAAAGUGUGACCCUUAGUGCCUACCCAGACGCCAUCCUAAACGGACGUGGACCGAGAGCCAAGAAGUCAUUUAAGUAUUUUAAGUUUUGAGGGGGCUGCCGCAUUGUGUCUUUGGGAACAGUCACGUCUUCAGUAAAGGUAAAAGUAACCUUAGAUAGCCAUGAGUCCCUUUCAUUCGCAAUUUAUAUGCAUUUAGAAUAGUUGAAUGCAUCAAAAUGAUAAAGAUGUGUUGCGUGUUCAACACUUUUGGGAGUGACAUAUGCGGGUGGCACAGCUAACUCCCGGUUGCCAAUUUUGUUAGCUAGCUAGUAUAAUAAUAAGAUGCUAACAACGAAAGAUGUUUGCUUCCAAAAAAUACAUUAAGAUUAAAGUUGGACUCAUGCAGUGUAACAAUAAUACGACAAGAAGCGUGCCAUUUUGUACGCUAGCCGGCAAAAUUGUGGCGUAAGUUUUCGACAUUAACCAAAUUUUAUGUCCCGAUAACGAUAUGUAUAAAUAAAAAAAUUCUUAAAAUAUAUAUAUACACAUGAAAUGAAUGCCAAUUUCUCUAUUUUGUCCUUUUAUUU